GAACAACCCAGCUUCACCUCAGGUAACGUUAUGUGACACGUAAACAACAGGUAGAAAGCGAAGCUAUAACUCCUAACAAGUGUUUUGGCUUUAAAUAAUAAUAAUUAUGGCUCGUUACUUCCGCGAAGAAGACAUAGAUGAAUUCAGGGAGUGUUUUUAUUUAUUUGCAAGAAACGGCCACAUAAGAACUCUGGACGAACUCACGAUCAUCAUGAGAUCCCUGGGACUAAGUCCCACUAUAGCAGAGUUGAAUAAAUAUUUAAAGGAGAAAGGUGGGAAGAUGUCGUUUGCUGACUUUUUGGAGGUGAUGCAUCUACAGACUAGGGCGGAGGAUCUUCCGAAGGAGGUGAUACAGGCCUUUCAGGCUGCAGACAAGUCUAGGAAUGGUACCAUACCUGCCCGCCAACUGGCUCACAUGCUGCUUCACUGGGGUGAACAACUAAGUAACAAAGAAGUGGAGCAAAUCUUCCGCGAGGCUAAUGUGUCCCUGAAUGGACACGUGAAAUACGAGGACUUUGUGAAGAUAGCUUGUGCGCCUGUACCUGACUACUACUAAAGUACUUUUCUACACCAAUAAGAUUUUUAUAAUAUACCCAGACAUAUAUUUAUAACAAAUAUUUAUAGUAAAGGUACAUUAUCCUUAAGAUUAA